AUGUUGAUACGAUACUUCUCGAUAUUCCUAAUCGCGUUUAUUUUUGCUGUUGAAUCAAAAGAACAUGUCUGUAAUUUCAAGUCCAGCGCCAAUUCUUAUGUUCAAAAUAUCCUUCAAAAGUUUUCUGGUAAAAACUUCUCAAUUUUCGACUCCGAAUACAGCUACACCGUGAAUUUAUGCUCCGAGAAAAUCGCCAUUUCUCGGCUUUCGACCAAUUCUCAUUUCGAAGAAACGCUCGCUUUCAAUGCUCAAAUGACAUCCUCAAAUGGUGAUAGUUGGGCAAUGCUGACUUAUCCUUCCGAAAGAGACACUUGCGACGAAAUCAUUAGCGUAAUGAUUCGCUGCCCAACGGGAAAUGUCAAAAAUGGACAACUUUAUCGUGGCGACGAAGAAUGCAGUCCAUUUGAAAUCGGCGACAACUCGUUGUGUCCGCGAAGUGGGUGGUCUCAAUUCUGGAUCUUCAUUUUGAUCUUCAUCUGUACUUUUGCGCUUUAUUUCUUUGGCGGGUGCCUGAUAAAUCGCCUAAAAGGAGCGCAAGGAAGAAAUCAAAUUCCGCAUCUGGCGUUUUGGGUUUGGAUUGGAGAUGGUUUCGCUAACGCUGCGAAUAAAUUCUGUAGAUGUCAUGGAUUCCCAGAAGAUGAUAGAUCUCAAAUCUCAGCACACGACGAAGCAAUUCUCCCGAUUUAG